AUGGUCGUUCGUGCUGUUAUAGGGCUGGUGAUGAACCGUGUGCCGUUUUCGGACCACUUGCCCCAGUUUGUUCAGAGUGUUAUUUAUGAAGAUACCUCUUCGUACGAGUCGGCCAAGCUGGAUUCUCCCUUGACCACGUCUUCAGACUCGGAUGCUCCUAUGAGUCCCCAGCAGAAGAUUCAUAGCAGGAUACUUCAGAAGAGAGGAUCUCCGGUUUCGGUACCUGGGGUGCCAAAUGAUGGGUUCCUGUUGGAUAACUCUGGGAGUGUCCCAGUGGCAGACCACAGCGAUGCCUUGACUGAGGCUGAAACUGUUCAUGAUGCUGACACUACAAGACAAAGCAUGGUUCAGAAGUACUUGGAUGAACAGAAUGCCAAGUUCGAUAGCUUGAUAAAUAAGAACCUCAAUGUGGUGUUGCAGCAACAGAGCAUGUAUGAGGAUGAGUCCUCAUGGCAGCAGCUCAUGGUGGAGAUGGCCAUGUCUCGCGAUAAAGACGAAAUCAGCUUGAAGAUGACCUCCUUAAUGGGGAGGGCUUCGAACUGGAUCCAGUCUCAUAUACCGAGAAGCAUAUCUAGCAGGUCAUCUAGCAGAGGGAACAGCAGAGCUGUUUCGAGAGCUGCGGUCACAGAAGCAGACACUAAUGAGCAAACAGAUGCUGUUGUCAGAGCCGAUGAUGCCACCAUUGAGAACUUCUUGGACUCGCUUGAUUAUCAGACAAAGGUGAACCUUUUGAAACAAUUGAGGGUUGACCUAUGCAUUUCUGAUCAUGACGACUUAUCUAAGUUCUCUAAAGAGCUUUCAAAGACACAUCCAGGCGCUCCAACGCUUUUAAUUGAUAAAUUUGAAACACUCAUGAUUAUUUCUGUUCGUUUAUCAUUUAUUUGCCUCAAGUUCAUGAUACCAAUGGCGACAUUGAUGUAUCUCAAGUUCAAGAACAAUGAUGUAUUAUUUUUCAACAACAAGAACUUUAACAGACUCCUUUCAUUUACUAUCAAAUUCAUGGAAUCAUUGGAGAAGAGAUUGAAGACAGAGACACUUAAUGCAUACCAAUAUGGCCAGGAGUCGCAAAAGGCAGAGACUGCUACGCAAACUAUCGAAGGGCAACUUGAAAGGCCCUUGGACACUAUUGAAACUACUGCACCAGUCAGUGAGCUACCGCAACCUGUGGAAACACCCAGAACGACAUGGACUGAUACAUUUACACGAAUGGCAGUCAACUAUUGGAUAAAGUCCAGAAACUCCAAAGCGGACUAUGCAAAAGAUCCAAGAUAUGCACAGUACUUUUCAGCAAAGAAGGAAGCAUUAGGCGGUGAGUGGGAUGGUGACGAAUUCAAUCCCGCAGAUCAGGAACUUUCUUUUAUCGACAUUGCCCAGCAAUUCGCAGAUCAGCUAAAAUGA